AUGGGGUGGUGGUUUGUGGCCCUGAUCCUGGUGUUAGUCUCCUGGUACCCUGGAAACCCUGGUUUGUGGCUGUGGGUCCUGAUGUCUUGCCUCUCUGAGGUGCAUCCCUGCCUGCUCUGCUUUGGGCCCCCCCUUCAGAGGGCACGGCUUUGCAGUGACAUUACUGGGGCCUUUGUUAAUGACCCCAGACAUAAAAAAUGCCAUGAGGCCCUUGUUGAGGCUGCUAAACCACUUGCCUCCAUCACUGUAGGGUCAGGACAACGUGAGGAACUUCGGGAAAUUGUCAUGGAUGCUAUGCAUUUUCUAGAGGAGCAAAGUGGCAAUAGUGAGCAGAAGCCCCUGAAUGAGUCUCUGCAGGAAGCUGUCGACACAAUCUGGGCAAAGCUGAGCCAGCUGGGGAAAGUUCCAGCCUGCAUCCCACCCUGUGGAUUCCAGCCAGCUGCCCGUGUCUUCCAGUGUGCUACCUGCCGCUUUGUGGACUGUCAGUUUGCCCUGGACUGCCCAGUGCAGGACCUGUGGACCUACACAGAUGAAACCAUUGUGCUGCACUGCAACGUGCCUUUCAACAUCCCCACUGGCCUGCCUGUCACCUGGCUGUUUGUCCCAAAUAAAUCCAGCUUGUCUUCCACGUCUUACUUUGACAGUGAGAUGUUUAUUGGCGAUAAGCUCUUGUGGGAGAUGAGAUUCUCUGCUACACAGGGCCUCACUACACUCACAGGGAAGAAGUUCUUCCUGCAUGUGCAGGAAGUGACUUUUGUGUACGCCCUGGCUGUGCAUCCCUGGGUGUACGUGUGUUUCCGUGUGCCCGGUGUCUGGGUGGAGCUGAUGUGUCCCCCCAUGGCCCAGCUGCGCACACAGGACAUGACACUGUUCAAGAAGCUGAAAGGGAAUCCAGAGAAGCCCUUCAGUCUGACCAUUGAGGAACCCGCUCCAGGAACCGUUGCCUGUCACUUGGGGGAACCUUCCAAGCCCAUUAUUCGCAAGUUCUUCUACCUCAACGUAUCAGAGGGAAGCGUGGAGGAAGAGAAAGAACUCCAGGGUGUGUUCAGCACCGUGCUGCACUGGCUUGAUGAUGAGAACCCCCAGCCCUACAUACCAGCCUUGGGGCUGGCUGUGGCUGCUGGCUCCAUAGCAUUCAUUCUGCUGCUUAUAUAUGCCACAGAUGUGGACAUCAGGGUAGCAGAGAGGAUGACAGAUCGCUGGAUUCACUCUAGGGGACUUUAG